AUGGGUUUCCUCCGCGGAGUUCCACCAAAUACUGCCACCUUGACAAUGCAAGCUGAAUUUGGUGAUGUCUAUCAAUAUUGGAUUGGACCUUUGCGAGUGAUCGGUGUAUGUAAUGUUGAAGAUAUACAAUAUAUCUUUGCUCAUCGACACAUUUAUGAAAAAAGUUCUUCACACAUGGAUCGCCUUCGUGUUUUCCUUCCCGAUUCACUCGUAUCCACUACUGGAGCCAACUAUAAGCGUCAUGCAACUAUUGUUCUUUCUCUAUUUCGUGGCGCUAAAGUCUUGAGUAAUUUGCAUCUAAUCUAUGACUGUACAGACAAGUUGCUCGAUGUAUGGCGUUCGCAAGCAGAUGAUCCCAGCUAUAUUCAUCUCGAUAUGGUCAAAGAUUGUCAAAAUUUAUUACUAGAUAUAUUUGGUUUUAUUGGCUUUGAUUAUGAUCUACAAACAUUAGGCAAUGAUGAUAGUAGCCAAAGUAAUAGACUCAAAAAGUCUUUAAAAGACUAUUUGGAUGUUAUUGCACUGGCACUACUCUUACCAGUGACAAUCGCCAAAAUCUACGUAAAAUUUAAUUCUCGAUAUCGCCAAGCAUUGAAUGUUAUCCGUGAGUAUACGGAUCGAAUAAUUGAGCAAGAGCAAAGUAAGGGAUCAGAAACAAUUCUUGAACGAAAAAGAAAAUGUCUUAUUGCAUCACUUGUUGGUUCACGGCAGCAAGAUGAAAAGAUUGAAUUAGCAUUACCAGAAGAAAAACGAAAAGGACUGUCUUCCAAAGAAAUUUUUGAAGAAAUACUGCUUUUUCUUGUGGCCGGUUCUGAAACGACAUCGACCGCAUUGUCAUGGUUCAUUCAUCUCACAAGUAAAAAUCCGCGUGUUCAAGCAAAAAUCAAAGCCGAAUUAGGCGACAAUCGACAACACUAUCUGUCUAUUGAACAGCUCGACUCUCUUGAAUACUUAGAUUGUGUUAUUCAAGAAGUGCUUCGGUUUGUUCCACCUGCCAUUUCCACAAUUCGCAGUGUUACUAGCGAUGAUCGAUUACCAGCCAGCGGAGCUCAAUUAUAUAAAGACGAUGAAGUAAUAAUUAAUAUUUACAAUUUAACUCGAGAUAAACGCUACUGGAAGAUUGAUCCGGAUUUGUUCUAUCCUGAACGAUUUCAAGGUGAAGACAAAGAUCAUCAUCCAUUUACAUUGAUUCCAUUUGGUGGUGGUCAUCGACAAUGUAUCGGACAAGACUUAGCUCGAUUCGAGCUGAAAGCAAUCAUAGCCAGACUAAUGCAACGUGUCACUUUUGGUGAUGGUGGCCCACAAAAUCAUCUAAAAUUAAGUCAUGCUGAUUAUAAUCCACCAGAAUCGAUUAGUUUUUCAAAUCAAUUACAAUUAUUAGCUGAGGUGGACCAUUUAUCUUAA